CGCUGGGAAGACGGUAAUCAGAGCAGAUCUAUUCGACAGGACGCAGAGCUCAUGUGGCAUGUUAUAACUUACUAUACAUCUAGUUACCGCUCUCAGCAUUCAAUUAUAUUGCGUUAUACCUCUGUGCGCAAUUUGAAUCAAUCUAGGGACUUGGCGAAACACAAGAAGCUAAAAUGUCUACUUCUACAUACCAAUAUUACAUCUAUGGCACUUGGAGACGUUAAGUGUCACUGUCAUACGAGAAGGGGAAGCUACGGUACAGAUGCAGAGAACAUCAGAUGACAUUCUUCCAAAAAGUCGGAGGUCCUCUUCGGUACGUCAUAUCAGAUACCAGUACCCAGGAGCCAUAGACCCUGAGGGCCAAGACCGGACCUCUAAUGUGACAUUAAAAAAGACCUUCUAUCUCCCUCAAUUCCCCCGACAACCCAUCCUCAAAAUCGCCAUGCUCUCCCGGAAACCCCUCGCAGUAACCCUCAUCGCCAUAUCCAGUGCACAAGCAAUAUGCAAUAACAGCAUGUACGAGAUUGAUUCAGGAACAUGCACCUGGGUAGGAUCGGCACCAUUUUGCCCCCAGGACAUGGCAGACUAUUGCGAUACGAUGGAUACCCCCACAGGGGCAGUGAAUCUGUGGGCUACCACCCGAAAUCAUGAUUUAAGGGAUCUUCUUGAUCUGGGAUAUAUCACUCAAGAAUGUUAUGAUGACUAUGGGGGUAAUUGUUUGGAUGAUGGUUGGAAGACUCUUUGGUGCGAGGGGGCGUGGCCUCAGUGUAGUGGAUAAAGGUCCCUAAUGCUUUGGGUGAUGGUAGGUCAGUCAAGAAUUAAUUUUUGUCUUUCACUUUUCUCCUUUACUUUCCACCAUUCUUGAAGUUAUUGCUUUUAUUGGUGGUAACGAUCAGAUAGGGCUAUGUGGACGGGGC